GCUAAUGUCCUGUAGUUCGAUAUAUAUGAAGUUGGCAGGGUAUUCCCACUAUCUGACCUGCUUAAAUAAAGAAGUCGCUUUUGAUAACCGACAUUCCAGAGAAACAUCUAGGCCAUGUACAGGUAUAGAAAACGCAAGGUGAUAUCUGGGCUCUUAGUUUGUUCGUUCGUUGUGAUUACGUACAAAGCCCUAAAAGCCAAAGAGUUGACCACUGUUCUAAAAUACGGCACAGUUAAGUAUGGACAACGGUUAAACAGACGCGUGUGUCCAGAGGUGAGGCGCCCAGAGCUGGUUCCAGAUACAGAAACGUGGCAAGGAUUGAGUGUAUGGCCAAAAGACAUCAGCACAACACUGGACAGGGUCUAUGUAUUUUCAGCCUACAUGGACGGGUCUUUGAAACGACUCAGUUCUAAUUAUGCGAAUCUUGUGCGCAUUAUUGCAAUGGCCAGUUCAGAAAUCGGAACACCAUUUUGUCAACUUUGGUUCAACAAUGACCGAGAACUGCUCAUAGUGCCAGCCUCUCUAGAACCAAUCCCAGAGGAUCACGACAGACCGUACAAGGCUUGUUACUUUGUCUGUAAUAUUCCAUCACUGGAUAUUCCAUACGCCGUGUCCUUGGUCCAAAACAAGUGUGACCAGCCUCGAAAUAUACUUCCGGUCCAACAAGAAAGACCUGGCAAGAAGAAAUACACAGUUUGUGUGACGCCACUCAAUAUGCAUUACAACAAUAUAUAUCAGCUGGUGGAAAUGAUAGAGGUUAAUAGAUUAUUUGGGGCAGACGUUUUCGUGUUUUAUAAUAAUAGCAUAGGAUCGGAGGUAAACGAUCUCCUGAUGCAUUAUCAGUCGGAGUCUCUGCUGGAAACGGUUCAAUGGAAAAUACCUGUAAAGGGGGACACCUGGCCACCGACCUCAUCGGUUGACAUCCAUUACUUCGGUCAGUUAGCCGCGCUUAACGACUGCUUAUUCCGACACAGGUCCAGCGAGUUCAUUGUUUUCACUGAUUUGGAUGAGUUAAUUGUUCCAAGAGGGCACGAGACAUGGGACGAAAUGCUGGCGACUUUGGAGUCGAAGGGUCCAAAUGACGUGUUUACAUUUUUGUGUACAUUUUUCCGGACAGAAUGGCCAGAUUUUGAGGAAAGCUUUGACAACAAGAUUGUUGCCCACAAAUAUAGAUUGAUGACACUUCUCAAAGUUAACCGGGAACCCCAAAUUCUGUCCCCCCAUGCACGCUCUAAGUUCAUGGUGAGGCCCGCGACAAUAACUGCUGUGGGAAUACACAUUGUAUGGUCACGCUUCGACGGUUCUGGGGAACUGAUCGUUGAUCCAUCAGUGGGAUUGCUUCAUCAUUACCGGAACUGGGAAAAGCCUGGCGACACAAACAGACUCUCUGACCCUUAUCUCCAUAAAUUUGAUAAGAAAAUCACUGAUGCAAUUUCUCACCGAUGGAAGAAAAUCUCAUCACAGAUGAAGGAACAUUCAAUUUUCACAAGACUGGCUUGUUUAUUUUUGCGCUGCACAUUAUAAUAAUAAUUUUGAAGUAUAAUGCUUGUGAACCAUCUUGUCGGUUGCUGGAAGGCUGUAAAUUAAAAAUAAUGUUUUUUUAAAAAAUAAAUAAUAAAAUAAUAAUUUAAAAUAAUGUUAUAAAAUAACUGGUAUCUAACUCUCAAAUGGAUGGACAACGUGCACGUGGAAGUUUCAUCAUCGUUUCCAUGUAGUGUCGUCCGGCGAUGAUGCAAAGCGAUAACACGGUGGCACGAAGUGAUGAGAAGAAGCGAUGACACAUUGUUACGAAGCAAGGGCACACAAUGUUAUACAAUCACCCGAAGGCAAUGAAGAGAUAACUCGAUGACCAUGGGUUAGUAGUAUCUUAUAAUCACUUCGCGCCAUCGCCUCGUAUCAUCGUGCAAUCCCUUCAUGCUGUCGUUCUAUCGCUCUAAACCUAGCGAUACUGCGAUGAAACGAUGGUGCGAUUAUGCUGGCUUCCAAAAUGUUGGGGAUGGGAAUAAAGAGCAGUAAUAAAGACAGGAACAAGACCACAAAGACACAU